GUCUAGAGAAGAGGGGCGUCUAGAGAAGAGGGGUGACAUCCCUGCCACCCUCAUCCUAUAUAGAUGGUUGGUGUUGCACCCGGUCGGCAUAACUUCAUACCAUCGGUCAUCUCCUGAAAACCAUCAUUCCAUCUUCCGUGACCUAUUCAACCACCAUGUCUCCCUCCCUCCACCCCCUUCUCGACAACGGCAUCACCAAAGGUGACCCCAACUUCCCCGGCGGCACCCUUUACUGCAAAUGCUCCUCCGACCGGGUAGCCAUCACCCUGGCCAGCAACGUCGCCCAUAACCAUGCCUGCGGCUGCUCUAAAUGCUGGAAGCCUGCCGGGUCGCUCUUCUCUAUCGUCGGCGUUGUGCCCCGCGACGCCCUCUCGGUGACCGCCAACGGCGACAAGCUCUCCAUCGUCGAUUCGACCGCUGCCAUUCAGCGGUAUGCGUGCAAGAACUGUGGCGUGCAUUUAUACGGUCGCAUCGAAAAGGACCACCCCUUCAAGGGCCUCGACUUUGUGCAUGCCGAACUCUCCGAUCAGGCGGGGUGGCAGGAGCCUCAGUUUGCCGGGUUCGUGUCGUCUAUCAUCGAGCAGGGCUUUCCGCCGCAAGGUAUGGGAGAGGUACGGGGAAAAUUGCAGGCCUUGGGACUGGAGACGUAUGAUGCGCUGUCGCCUGCACUGAUGGAUUUGAUUGCCACCUUUACGGCGCAGAAGGCUGGAGUGUUGUCGGCGAACCUCUGAGGUAGUGGAGGAGGCGUUAGUGGGUGUACAGUAGGGGUGGUCGACCGAGAGGAAGAAAAGAUGUACUUACUGGAUGAGAC